GAGGUGUAUACUGGAAAAGAGAACUCAGCGGCAAGACUUCCAGGAGAGCCUGACUGUGGAGCAAGUGGAAAUAUUGUUGUUCGGUUGUGUAGGAUGAUUCCGAGAGGACUACACCACAAAGUGUACUUCGACAACUAUUUCAACUGCCCAAGUUUGCAAGUGUACUUAAAACGAGAUGCUGUACACUGCAUUGGUACGGUGCGGAUCAAUCGGGUCCCCGGAGUGAACAUGCCUUCUGAGCAGGAAAUGAAGAAAAAAGGAAGAGGACAUUUUGAGGAGAGAGUUGCGGUUGUAGAUGGCAUUGAACUGUCAUGUACAAGGUGGCAAGAUAACAGAGCUGUGACCUUGCUUUCCUCCUUUGUUGGAACACAGCCUGUUGGAAAUGCAUCAAGAUAUGAUCGACAAAAAAAGGAGCGGAGUGAAAUACCAUGCCCUUCGGUCAUCACAGUCUACAACAAGCACAUGGGAGGCGUCGAUCUAUUGGACUCCCUCAUCUCCCUGUAUCGUCCCUACCUGAGGUCAAAGCGAUAUUACUUUCGUGUUUUUCUCCAUGUUCUUGACUUGACAGCCGUCAAUGCUUGGUUGCUGUACAAGAGGAAUGCCCUGACCGACCCUGAUGAGCACACAGGAAAGCUCCUUCCCUUGGCAGAAUUCAAGAUGGACCUCGCUACGUCACUAUGCAAGGCUGGCAAGAAGCAGCUCAAAAAGCGAGGAAGACCUAGCAAUGGGUCUGUGGAACAGGGCAUCGAAAUGAAGAAAAAAAGGGGACCGUCAGCACCUACUCCUACUCAGGAUGUCAGGCUAGAUGAGGUUGGUCACUGGGUUUUUUGGAGCCAGAAGCGGCAGCGCUGCAAGUUUCCUGGCUGCACGGGAAUCUGCAUGACGUACUGCUCGAAGUGUGGGAACCACCUUUGCUGCACAAGCAAGAACAAUUGCUUCUUUUUGUUCCACACUAAAACAUGAGUGUACCAAUGAUUGUCACGCGCAAAUAAACAUCUGAGUAUGAAUCACACUGAGUGUAUCUUUCACCUUCAACUUCUUGUUUGUUUGCGUGUUGUUGCAAAUACGCAACGUACCCUUCUUCUGCAAAUUAAAACCACAGAAAUCCGCUAAAGUUAGUUUACAUGGGCGUACAGCUACUGUUAUGCUUCCCUGCAACUCCAUGAUUAAUGUUAUGAGGAAACAAA